CUUUGGGACUUUCACCAUCAACGAAUCCACCAUUACUGACUCACCAAGGUUUCCUCAUCGAGGAAUUUUAAUAGACACAUCCAGACACUAUCUGCCAGUUAAGACGAUUCUUAAAACUCUGGAGGCCAUGGCUAUGAACAAGUUUAAUGUUCUCCACUGGCACGUGGUUGACGACCAGUCUUUCCCUUUCCAAAGCAUCACGUUUCCGGAGCUAAGCAAAAAAGGAAGUUAUUCUUUGUCGCAUGUUUACACACCAAAUGACGUCCGCAAGGUGCUUGAACAUGCUCGGUUACGAGGAAUUCGGGUUGUUCCGGAGUUUGACAGCCCCGGACAUACGAGGUCCUGGGGAAGAGGUCAGAAAGACCUUCUUACACCAUGUUACAGAGGGGAACAGCUGUCUGGGACUUUUGGACCUAUAAACCCUAUUGUGAAUACAACUUACAACUUUCUGUAUAGACUCUUCAAGGAAAUCAGUGAAGUGUUUCCAGACCAAUUCAUUCAUUUAGGAGGAGAUGAAGUGGAUUUCACCUGCUGGAUGUCAAAUCCAGAUAUCAAGGAUUUCAUGAAGCAAAAAGGCUUUGGCCAAGAUUAUAAAAAACUAGAAUCUUUCUACGUUCAGCAGGUUGUGAACAUGAUUGCAAACAUAAAAAAGAGAUCCAUUGUCUGGCAAGAAGUUUUUGAUGAUAAUGUGAAGCUUAAGCCAGGCACAGUUGUGGAAGUGUGGAAAUCAGAAAACUUUCCUGAGGAACUCGGGCGAGUCACAGCAGCUGGGUUCCCCACACUCCUUGCUGCUCCUUGGUACUUAGAUUGGAUUUCUUAUGGACAAGACUGGACAAAGUACUAUGAAGCAGAACCUUUUGACUUUCAUGGUACUCCAGAACAGCAAAAACGCAUUAUUGGUGGAGAAGCUUGCCUGUGGGGAGAAUAUGUGGAUACAACUAACCUCACUCCAAGAUUAUGGCCUCGGGCAAGUGCUGUUGGCGAGAGACUCUGGAGUAACAGAAAUGUGAGAAAUGUAGGUGAUGCUUACAAGAGGUUAACAGUGCACCGCUGCCGAAUGGUCAGGCGUGGAAUAGCUGCAGAGCCUCUUUUUACUGGAUUCUGUGGUCCCAUGGAGACUAUUUAAAAGGAGCUUACGCCAAGAAGAAAAAUGGAGCGUUCUGAGAAACACCAUAGCAAUCAGUGCUACAAUCAGCUUGAUUUUAAAACCAUGUAAACGAAGAUUUGCUUGACUGUUUUAGGAAUAAAAUAUAUCUUUUAAUUAA